AUGUCUGAGGCGAGCGAUAUAAUUAAUCACAUUGAAUCCUUAUGUCGAACUUUGUUCGUUGAAUUAUUAAACACGCUUACAAAUUCAAAAAAUAGUGAAAGUUGUGAACCAGAUAUUUCUACAAUGCAGCUUUCACCGACUAAUUCCUUCACUCCCUCGCAAGAAUUUUUUGAAAAUUCAAAAAAACAGAAAACCAAACCUAAAGGUAAACCUAAGAAACCUAGAAGGCCUAGUCUUCGGGUAAAUGAUUCAGAUAAUACAACUGAUUUGUCGCAUCCAAACCAGCCUCUUUCCCAAAACAAAUCAUCUUCGGAUAUUCAAUUGUUGAAUCAAAAUAAUGCAUCGAAAGAAUUACCACAUACAUGGUCGAGGACAACAAAUACAGGAAAUAAAGCAAACUUUCAAAUGAUGUUUGAACAAUCUCUGAAUGGCAGACGAAAUUUGCAACAAACUUCAGCCACAAUCGAAAAAGCAGUUACUAAUAAUACUCUACCAGUUGACAACAGAAAUAACUUUUUUCCAAUGCCACGUAUCAAUUUCCAACAAAUAGCCGAAAAUGGUUCACUAUUGAAUCAAUAUAUGGGGCAGAGUAAUGUAACUAACGUUUGCUCAAACAUAGCACCCGUAAUAUCGCAAAAUCAUUAUUAUAAUAGACCAUAUGCUAAUAAUAGUUACCGCCCUGUCUCGUACUUGAAUAAUCCAAUGCAAUCCCAGCAGAUACCAUAUUCUCGAGAACAAAGUAAUUUGUUACAAUGUAGUAAUUUGGCUAUGAUACGGGCUCAAAAUAAUUGCAACAAUAUGAACAAUUAUAGACCAUUUAUGAACAGUUUCAAUAAUAUGCACCAAGUUUCUUUUCAAAAUUGUGCACCGGCGACUAGUGCUACAGCAGGGGUAUCCACCAAUAAUCAAAAUAGUAUGUGCAAUAACCUUUAUCAAAGAAAUCAGAAUCUGGGUUGUCGUUCCGGUCAAGGUGUUCCAAAUUACAAUAACGUGCAAAUGAUUUCAAAUCUUUUCCAAAACUUGCCGAAUAUAAGUUCUAUAAUUGAAAAUAGUUCUGUACAAGACCCUACGCAAAUGCAGUUUCAACCAGCUCCGGCCAUGAACGAUAGAAUUGGAAAUCCAUCAUUAAAUUCUCAAACUUGCGGAGCACAAAAUGCCUUCACUGGACACAUUGAUUCAACACAAAAUUUCUUAAUAAAAAGCCCUGCAGAAAAUAGUGUUGUUGGAACUAAUUCAUCGUAUGUAAACACUGCGAAUGGGUCCAUGAUGCAAAAUAAUCAAUCUGAGCAAGAUGCACCAAUAAAUAUUACAAAUGAUCAUCCAGAAGUAGCAAAAACGAUGGAUAAACCAUGCCAAUCAGUUCAUAUGGUAGGUGAAAAGCUGUGUUCCAAAGAAGGGCAAACAACUGAAAUAGUCAGUUCUAUUAUUCACUCCUUUCCAACAAAAAUAGUAGAUGCACCAUGUCAAGAAAAUCAAGCGGUCAAAAAUGCAGAGGUGAUCUCGAGCACUCAGGUUGCGCCAAUAACUACUACUACGCCUUUGAAUUUACUUGAAGUCCAAAACGAGAAAGCACAAUUACCUAAUGCUAUUAGUUCUAGUGAUACCAUAAGCUGUGCAUCAUUAGAAGAUCUUACCAUAUAUGGAAUUCCCCAUGAAUUGGAAGUAAUUAGAACUAAUAAGGAAAAUGGGGCGUAUGAUCCUGAUAAUGAAAAUUGGGAGCGCUUAGCUAAACCACAAACACAUGAUAACUUGAAUUCUCUGUUAAAGAAAUUAUUGAAGCAAGAUCCUGCGCCUAUGAAUUCUCACCAGGAUACUGAGAAAGCUUCAUCUGAUGGAGAUGAUAUUAUAGAUGGGCCACGGAUAAUUUAUUGUACUAUGUGCGACAUGAUGGCUAAAAUCCAAUGCACUAUAUGUAAAGCAGCAUGUUACUGCUCAAUCGCAUGUCAA